UUUUCGUACUGACAUCUCAUCUGCUGUAAUUAUUUUUAUUUAAGCUUUAUUGUUGUUGUCAUUGCUUCGUUUUGGAUACGCUUGUCUGGUCUGCGUGUUCUGUAAGAGUGUUAUAAUCAAUAAAGUUUAAAAAAAAAAAAGAAGAAGAAGAAGCUUUUGGUCCGACGAAAUUUCACGCGACAUACAUGGGUUUCUAACUAAUGGAACAUGUAAAAGGUGUAAAUCAAGCUGUAUCUCGUUUUAGUUAGUACGAUGUUAUUACUAUGACUUAGAUUUGUUUAGAUAAAUACAUCAUUUGCGUCGCUACACUACGUUAUUACGCUUCUCAAUGUGUUGUUUCUGAACUGAACUAUUGCCAUAAAGAAUCAAUUUGACAUCCGCUAAUUGCUAGCCAAAAUGGCUAACAUUUCCAAUAAUAAACACAGUUAGCUGUCGCUCAGCUCACCGAGUUUGGUAACCUGGCGUAGAUACGUGACUGUUGUCAUCGUUUUAAAGGAUUAUUCAAAUUACGUUUUCAGUCAUGAGAACCACCAUGCGCAUCGCGCUCAACUAUUUUGAUGUAAAGCGCCAUGCUAGCAUGCAUGGAAUUGCAAAUCUAAGCAGGAAGCGCGGGGCUGGCGGGGUCGUGGGGGUGGGGGUCGGGGUGUUGGGUCUGUUGUUUGCACGUUUUCAGCACAGAAGGAGGAGGACAGCGAGGUUAACAUGGAUGACAAACCAGAGGAAGAAUCCACUGAAAUACAGGCUGUUUUGGUAGAGGAGUGUCUAGCCAAUGUCAUAUUAUUGACAUCAGACGAUGAGGAUUGUGUUAUGUACGUUUCUGAGCAGCAGAAAGCCAAACAAGGGAAACAUGAGAAGAGCCUUAAAAAUGAGCCUCCAGAAGAUGACAUGAGAGCUCCGGAGAGCAGUGACUGCAGCCGUGAUGUUCCAAAUGGCAUCAGUUUAGCAAGUUUUCAAAAUGAAGGUUCAAUCCGCCUGAAAGAGAUCCUCCAGGCUGUGUCUUGUGCACCUUUUUGCCUGUACUUGUACGUUGGGUCAAAGCUGUCAAAAGGAGAGGGCACCAGCUUUGUGCUGAUUGGUUAUUUUGACCAGAGUUUGGGAGAGAGUGUGGUGAGGCCACUCGGGACUCUCCAGCUAAGUGCGGAUGCAACUGACCCACAAACAUCCACACCCAAUCAUGGGGCCAAACCACAGGAUUCAAAUGCACAGCUUCUGGUUAAAGCUUUAAAGGAAGUUAACCUUCCUCUGUCCAACCUCUCGAUGUUUUACUGUUCAGCUCCACACCCCAGUGUCACCCAGGAGUUUGUAUCCCAGCUUCAAGCCUUUAACCCAAAGUUGAUCUCGCUGUGCGGUGUCCCUGGGAUAGCGGAAAGAGCCUACCUGGCUGGACUCCAGACUUCAUUUGGAUGUGUGGUCAACCUGGUGAAAGAGAUCCACCGCUACUACUCCACCUGCCUGUCCAUCAAUGACACCCUGAAGGAGGUGUUUGCUGGUGUGGAGUCUGUGGAUCCAUCCCAUCCUGAUUCAGAAAAGUGUUUAUUUAUUAUCCACACUGUGCAGAAGAUGGUUAGCUGCUGGCAGGACUUGGUGGAAUAUUUCAAAUCACUGGCAGAAACAGAGGACACAAAGGCAAUUAAGAGGCUUUUAAUAGACGAUGAUACCCAUCUACGGUUCCUGUUCCUGGCAGAGACUUUAGAACCCCUCCAAGCUCUUCACGAGGUGCAGGUGUCAGGAAAAGCAGACGUGGCUGUUCAGCUCCGGCUGACGUCCCUGACGGUUAAGUCCUAUGCAGCUAGCAUCUUACAGCCAUCUGCUGCAGACCGUUUUCUUCAGAGACGAGACACGUCUUUGCUCCAGAAUGAGACUGAGCUCCUUCCUCUAGCUGAAGUGAGGGUUGGCUCUCGUGCUGUGGACUUUAUGGAGGGCAGGAGCAAGAGUGUCUUCAUGAAAGAUGCACAGUCCUUCUACAAAGCAGCGCUUCAGAGUUUGGUGGAGAGCCUACCGGAGCAACUUGGGGACACAUCUCUAAGGAACAUUGAAAGCUUGGUCAAAAACCCUCAAAAUAUUACUGACCCCCACUUGUACUGGCAGAUGCUGUCAGAGCUGGGCGUCCCUGUGGAGCAGUGUGCCACCACGUCUGCUCAGGAGGAGAUGGCGUCAGAGUGUGUCCCUUUCAUGAAGACACUGAAGGACAGCCAGUGUGUGAAUGGAUCUGAUUAUUCCUGGACUAAGAUGUUGCACAGCCUGAAACCACUCGGUGCUCUGCACAGAUUCUUCCUGACUGUCCUGGUUCUGCCUGACUCUCUGGACAUUUACAAAGUGUUAGCUAAGGUGAUGAAAAGCACCAAGUACCGACAGGUCAGCCAAGAAGACCCUAAAGCCAGCCCUGAACCUGGAAGGUGUGGAAGAAGAGCAGCUACUGUCCAAAGAAACGGUGGAGGCGGGACCAGAAAAAAGCCUGAUGAUGGGAGUUCUUCAGAGGACAAUGACGACGGCGCGUCAAAGUCUGUGGAGUGGCAGGCCAACACCAUAGAAAUUUCUGACUAUACAGACAAUUCCUCAGAUAACAUGGACAUGACGGAGGACUCCUUCAUCUCUGAGCCCAUCAGAACCAGCAAAAACAAAUGGGAAGUAAACAAACAUGGAGAGCUGGUGCUGGUUGUGACGAGUGAUGAAGAGGAUACCAGCUCAGCAUUAUCGCAGGGGGAGCUGGUGUGGGGGCUGAUUGAGGGCUUCGCCCCCUGGCCGGGGAUCGUCAUUCCUUCCAAAAGAGAGCCGCAGCUUCCAGGGAAGAGGAUGGUGGAGUGGUACGGCCAGGGAAUGUCCUCCCAGAUCAGUUUGCAUGGUCUGAAGCCGUAUUCUGCCUUCAGCCAACACUUCUGUCCCAACUCCUUUGUCACCCUCGUCACCUACAGAGAGGCCAUCUUCUCAUCCCUGCAGGAAGCAGCUCAGCGCUGUAAGAAGCAGUUCUCUGUUCCUCUGGAGGAGAAGGAGGAGCUGCUGAAGCAGAUGCUGGACUGGGCGAUACAAGGCUUCCAACCCACUGGACCAGAUGGAUUCAAACCUGCAGCCGGAGAUAUCGGGGUUGUUAAGACGAACACCAGACCAAAAGUGAAGAAGAAACUCUUCCAUCAAAGCUCUCCUCUCCCAGACAUCCCCAGCCAGGGAAGAAAGAUUCCCAUCCAGGCCAAAAUAAACGAAAUGACGCAAUCAUUAAACAAACUUUCAUGUCAGUUAACACCAAACUCCUCCCACUCCAAAGACCCCGCCCACGGGGAGCUUGAUUUAGGGGUAAAACCAUCUCCCUCUGUGACGAGGGAAAAGAAAAACCAAAAAGGAUGGUCCAAGGUGGCGGCGAGGGAGGAGGAGAAGGAGUGGCCUAAAGGAUUUGAGCCACGGAAAGGUGGAUGGGGGAAGAAGAGGGCUACAGCGAAGGCCUCCAAGAAGACCAGCAGCCUGCUGGAUGGAUUUGAUGAUGACAUGUCGCCGGACUUCAUACCACAGCGGAAAAGGAGCUACGUCAAGGCUUACAACAAGGUCAACCAGGUGACCAACGUGUACCAGCAACCUGACCAGAAACUUAGAGAGGACAUCAUUAACAAGAUCAUGAAGAUGAAGCUGAACAUUGAAGGUUUCUGUUUGUGUUGUGGGACUGAAGAUGUGGUGAUAUCCCACCCUCUGUUCAAAGGCAGCCUGUGCUUGAAGUGUAAGAAUAACUUCACAGAAACUCUGUACCGGUACGAUCAGGACGGCUAUCAGUCCUACUGCACCAUCUGCUGCUACGGGAUGGAGGUCAUCCUGUGUGGGAACGACAGCUGCUGCAGAUCGUACUGCAACGACUGCCUGAACAUUCUCGCUGGUCCGGGGACCUUUGACUCCCUGAAGCUGCUGGAGCCGUGGAUCUGCUUCCUGUGUCAGCCUCAUGAACCUCGGGGAGCGCUGGUUCCUAGAGAAGACUGGAGCAUCCGCGUGCAGGAGAUGUUUGCUAACAACAGCGCCAUAGAGUUUGAGCCUCAUCGGGUCUACCCUUCCAUUCCUGCCAGUCUGCGCCGCCCGGUCCGAGUCCUGUCCCUCUUUGAUGGCAUUGGAACAGGCUACCUGGUGCUGAAGGAUCUAGGAUUCAAAAUAGAGAAAUACGUGGCCUCAGAGGUCUGUGAGGACUCCAUAGCUGUUUCUACAGUCAACCAUGACGGGACGAUCCUCCAGAUCGGGGAUGUGAGGUUCAUCACCAAGGAGUUUCUGGAUGCCGGGGGUCCGUUUGAUUUGCUGAUUGGUGGCAGCCCCUGUAACGACCUGUCCAUUGUAAAUCCAAUCAGAAAAGGUCUCUAUGAGGGCACGGGCAGACUGUUCUUUGAGUUCUACCGCAUCCUCCAGCUGCUGAAACCCAAAGAGGACGAUCCCAGACCCUUCUUCUGGCUUUACGAGAACGUGGUCUUCAUGAACACGCACGACAAAGUCAAUAUUUCCCGCUUUCUUGAGUGUAACCCUGUGCUGGUUGAUGCCGUCAAAGUCAGCCCUGCUCACAGAGCUCGCUGCUUCUGGGGAAACAUACCAGGAAUGAGCAGGCCAAUCAUAGCUUCCCAGAGUCACAAGCUGACUCUGCAGGACUGUCUGGAGAUUGGAAGACAAGCCCGGGUGACCAAGGUAAGAACCAUCACCACCAACCCCAACUCUCUGAAGCAGGGCAAAGACGUGUCACUGCUGCCGGUUCUUCAUAACGGCAGAGAGGACAACCUGUGGAUCACAGAGCUGGAAAGAAUCUUUGGGUUUCCCAAACACUACACUGACGUGAGGAACAUGAACCGACAGCAACGGCAGAAGGUGCUGGGCAAGGCGUGGAGCGUCCCGGUCAUCCAUCACCUCUUCGCUCCCCUCAAGGACUACUUCACCUGCAAGGAGCUGCCUUCUCUGAACGGGGCCACGCCUCCUACGGCCACGCCUCCAUGUCCUCCUCCGUCCUGGCAGGCCUGAAGCAGCUGGGAUGAUGAUGACAUCAUCUUUUGUUUUUAGCCUUUUAGCUCCCAAGUGGAAAAACAUUUCAGGGAAAUUAGGAAUUUUUACAGUUUGGACUUUAACCAACAAACUGUUAGUUUUUUAGGGAUUUUUGUCAUUAGUCAUUCGAAUCAUGCAUCUGAGCCAAAAAGUUUAUGUGAAAAACAGAAUUCCAAAGUGGAAUUUACUGGAAACUCAUUUGUCAGACGGGUUUUUUAUUCUCUAUGUAUUUGUCUUUUACCUUUUUGGAAUUUAAUGAUUUUACUCUCAAGUCGCCUUUGCCCAACAGGCACCCCCAUAGACCCCCAAAGGGAUUCAGGAGGUUCUCAAGAUGAAUGUAUGGAUACUUGCUAGUGGAGUUGGGCAAACUUGGAGCUCCUAAAGUGAUUUCAUCCGGCCCGCCAAACUGGAAUCUUGAUAACCCUUUAACACUUGAGGCGUCGCCGGUGACACUUAAACACAAAAUUUUAACAUACUGUAACUUUUCGACUGUUAACACGAUAAUUCCAGUAGAUUCAGAAGGAGAAAAGCAGCUCAUCUAGCCGCUUUUCUCCUUCAGAAUCAGCUGGAAUUAUCGUGUUAAUGGUUGGAAUCAUGUGGUUUUGGAAGAUCUGCUAUAUUUCUGAUAUUCACAUGUUUUCUUGACUCAUUUUUCCGAUCAUUCCAACCCCAUGUAGAUUUUAAACAUCAACCCAUUGGUGCAACUGGCACUAAAAUAAGAGCAAAAGUUAGUCUUUUUCAUAAAAACUCCAAAAUGUUCUGUUUUAAAACAUCAAUUUUCAUGUAGUCGUCCAGAUUUCAUGUUCCUCUCAUGAUUUUUCGGUCAAAUUUUAGAAGCUGAAGGUUUGCCCAGCUCUGCUGUACAGUGUCCGGAUGCUGGAUUUCCUGCAUCCAUCCAGAGCUUCUGAUGUUUGGGAGUUCAGCUGCUGCGUUUGAAUCUGCUGGUGUCUUCAUCUGGUUGUCUACAAAAAAAAACAAUUCCUAAUUUUUUGUUGCCGUUUCUGUCUUCGAGCUACACAAAAGUAGAUCUAGAUGAGUGAUUAGAAUAGUUGUUUUUCAGAAUGAUGUUAGUUUACUGUCAGUGAAUCACUGUGAGUGCUGCUCCUUGAAGACAUUUCUGAAUGGAAAUGAAUCUAACCACUAUUUGAACAUCUCAAUAUUAGAAAUGCUUUUUUUCUGUGUGUAAACAAAAUAAAAUUUUGUAAGAAUGGUCUUUAAUCAAUAAAAUGUUGAAGUUUGUCUUCAGCGUC